AUGGCGUUGGAGAUGAGGCUCCCUAAGGCUCGCAAACCUCUCAGUGAGAGCUUGGGCCGCGACUCUAAGAAGCACUUGGUGGUGCCGGGGGACACGAUCACCACGGACACAGGCUUCAUGCGGGGCCAUGGGACAUACAUGGGGGAAGAGAAGCUCAUUGCAUCUGUGGCCGGCUCUGUGGAGAGAGUGAACAAGCUGAUCUGUGUCAAAGCCUUGAAAACCAGAUACAAUGGAGAAGUCGGAGACAUUGUAGUGGGGAGAAUCACAGAGGUUCAACAGAAGAGGUGGAAGGUGGAGACCAAUUCCAGGCUGGACUCUGUCUUGCUCCUGUCAUCCAUGAACCUGCCUGGAGGAGAGCUGAGGAGAAGGUCCGCAGAGGAUGAGCUGGCCAUGAGAGGCUUCUUGCAGGAAGGCGACCUCAUCAGUGCGGAGGUCCAGGCGGUGUUCUCGGAUGGAGCUGUUUCUUUGCACACGAGGAGCCUGAAGUAUGGAAAGCUAGGUCAGGGAGUUUUAGUCCAGGUCUCGCCUUCCCUGGUGAAGAGACAGAAGACUCAUUUCCAUGACUUGCCAUGUGGUGCCUCAGUGAUUCUGGGUAACAACGGUUUCAUCUGGAUCUACCCGACACCCGAGCACAAGGAUGAGGACGCUGGGGGCUUCAUUGCCAACCUGGAGCCGGUAUCCCUUAGUGACCGAGAAGUGAUCUCCCGGCUUCGGAACUGUGUCGUCUUGCUGGUCACUCAGAGGAUGAUGCUGUACGACACCAGCAUCCUGUACUGCUAUGAGGCCUCCCUUGCACAUCAGAUCAAAGAUAUCUUAAAACCAGAAGUUAUGGAGGAGAUCGUGCUAGAAACCCGCCAGAGGCUUUUGGACCAGGAGGGAUGAGGCCGAGAGCUGAAGGACGGGACUGUGCACCUCUCUGGAGCAGUUUUGGGAGUGAAAAGUCUGCUGUGUGAUCCCCAGAGAGCAAUUGACAAACACGUUACUCACCUGCAGCAGGGCUGCAGAGCCAGGCCUGUCCUCUCCUGUUCUGAGGCAAAGCUAGGGUGGAAGUAAAUAUGGUGGAUUUGGGCGCUUGGGUCUCAGUAUAAGGGGUGGAUUUAAGUCUUUCAGAGUAGUAUCCGAGCCUGAUGACUUAUCUUGGAAUAACUUGGAGAAUUUAUGUCUUCCAAUCACACCACACAAUGCCCCAUGAAACUAUCUUGGUAGAAAACUUGGGGGGCUGGGGAUAUAUCUCAGGGGUGGACCACUUCCUUUCUUUUUUUCUUUUUUUUUGGUUUUUCGAGACAGGGUUUCUCUGUGUAGCCUUGGCUGUCCUGGAACUCACUCUGUAGACCAGGCUGGCCUCCAACUCAGAAAUCCGCCUGCGUCUGCCUCCCAAGUGCUGGGAUUAAAGGCGAGCGCCACCACCACCCGGCUUGGUGGACCACUUCCUAACGUGCAAGUUCCCAGGUUCAAUUUCCAGCCCUACUCUAAUCCCAGAAAAAAGGAAGACAAAGCCAAAGACAUGGCAGUGCCAGUGUGAAUGGUCUCUUUCCACUUCCACUUGUCUCCUUUACUGCACAGUGUGUGGGUGGAGAGAAGGUGAUGGAGUCAGGCCAGAGUCUAAUGGAUGCGAGAAUAAAGGGAGCCAGCAGCCUCUGGUGGAAUCUGA